GCUAGUCUUUAUGAGUUUAGUUGGGUGAAGACGUGACAGCAUAAUCUUCGCCAUUGAAAAGCCCACACUGCAGCUACAUAUUUAUCACAUUCCCAUAAGCUAAAGAUUCUUUUGGCCCCCUUUCAUUUUGGAAGUAUAAAUUGCUACUCUUUUGGCUUUAGAACUUGUUCAAAUCGAAAACCCCCGAAUUGAAAACCUCCUUUUUUUUUCUUCUUUUUUUUGCCAGUUAUGAAAAGACCAACAAUGAUAGCAUUUUCACCAAAAUCUUCUUCUAAAUACAAUUCUAGAUCUAUUAGCUUCCCAGCCAGAUCUCAUCCAAGCACACAGAGAGUUGAAGAAGAGCUUAACAAGCUCAAAGCUAGCCAAGAAACUUCUUCAUCAAAAGCAGAAACUAUUUGCUUCGGACUAUCUGGUCUCAAAGAGUUGUAUAGUUGCAUCGAGGAGCUUCUGAAUUUGCCAUCGACACGACAAGCUUUAGCAGCCCAAGAUCAAAACGAGAAAUUGGUAAACGAUUUGUUGGAUAGCUCGCUGAGGUACUUGGAUGUUUGCAGCAAAAUAAGAGAUGAUGUUUUGGCCAUGAAAGAAAGUGUUAGAGAGCUUCAAUCGGCACUUCGAAGAAGAAAGGUUGGAGAUUCCAACAUUGAAAGCGACGUCGCUUCUUACUUUUCGUUUAGAAAAAAGAUGAAGAAGGAAAUUGGGCAGUCUCUUACUUCUCUGAAGCAAAUAGAGAGCAAAUAUGGGACUUUUCCUCUUGAUCUAGAUACCCAUUUGAGUGCUGUGGUUAGAGUACUGAGAGAGUCAAGUUUCAUCUCCGGCACAAUUUUCCGGUCGUUUUUCUUGUUCCUGUCGACGCCAUUGUUGAAACCGAAGCAGAGCAAGUGGUCUUUGGUUUCAAUGAUGGUGCAUAAAGGGAUAGUGUGUGAAGAACAGAAAAGCAUGAAUGAGUUGGAAAGCGUAGAUGUUGCUCUAAGCAACUUGUCCCUGCAAAAUUCGAGCGAAGAUGGUCAAGAUGAGAAGUUUGAAUCUGCACAGAAAAAGUUGGAGGCUUUGGAUUUUGGCAUUGAAGGCCUAGAAAAUGGGUUGGAGAGUUUGUUUAGGCUCUUGAUCCAUAACAGAGUGGCUCUGUUGAAUAUACUUUCACACUAGGAGGGGUUAUUUACUUCAAAAUUUAUCAUAAAAUUAAUUGCUUGAGGGUAUCCGAAUUUUAGAGGAUUCUGGCAUUAUACAUGGUUUUUGUUCACUAAUUGCUAAUAGUCUGGAAAUUAACAAUUUUAUGUGCAUAUAUAAAAUGUAUGGUGCAAAAUUGGAAUAUAAUUUGAACCGAAAUUUUAGUUGAA